AUGGCUGCCUCCUCCCGUCCUGCGCACGCUGCCGAUGAGGCAACCUACCUGCAAAGUUUGGAUGUUGACGUGCAGAAUCAGGAUGAUUUGGAACGAGAGCUUGCUCAAAAGGCUGACAAAUUGCUUGCCGAGAGGGCCGAGGAGAACGAGAUCAAACGCCUGGAGAAGGCUCUGACUGACAAAGAUCGAGCCGAUGCGCAAAUUCGGAAGCUAGAAUAUCGCCUUGCCCAACCCGUAGGCUCCGCCACCCAGCAGCGUCUUCAAAUUGAGCUUGACCGACUCAAGCUUCGCCGGACUGAACUAAACAAGGAUGUGCGAGAGAUUCAAAAAAGAAUUGAUGGGCAACGAGAAGUCCAACAGUCAGCUUCCUCCAGCCAUGGGUCCGGUCGACAAGUGAACGAGACUCGACGCGACUACCUCCUGCGCACUGGUCAGAUUACUCCAUUUGACCUCAUAAACACUGGUGGAUCAGAGGGACCUGCUGCAGCUCUACAUGAUGCUCUUGCGGGGGCUGAGGACGAGCAAAGGGUCAAGGAAGAGCGAGAGCAAGCGCAACAUGAUGCUUCCCACCGCAACCUUGUCCGCCCUGGUCACGACUUUGAUGACCUUGGCGAAAGCAACCGCACCGAGAGCAGCUCAAAACGCCAGAAAGUAGAAGCAAGCCCUUCUCCCGUCGACUCAACUUUCACAUCAACACCAGACGCACGAAAAACCCCGAAGACCCGCCGAUCCCUCUCCCCCUCAUCCUCCGCAAGUUACGUUGCCUCCGAAGGUCCUAGUGUCAAGUCCGAAGAUGAAGAUUACAUGCCCGACACUCUGCCAGAGACAAAGUUGACUGCAAAGCGGAAGCGACGUUUAGAAGUGAAGGAUACACAGGAUAACUUGGAGGACCUCAGCGGCGUUGACGAUGGCGACGAGUCUGUAUACCAAGAACGUUUGAUGCUAUGGAUUAAAACUCGCAGCGAGGCCCGUCGUCGUGAGCAGCCUGGAUAUCAAGACGAUCCAAACGAGGAGGAAUGGCACAAACCACACCCCAAAUAUCAUGACCUUGAACUUCCCAAUGGACUCAAAGUCCCCGGUGACAUCGCACAUUACCUCUUUUCGUACCAAAAGACGGGUGUCCAGUGGCUAUGGGAGCUUCACCAACAGUCAGUGGGUGGCAUUGUUGGAGAUGAAAUGGGACUGGGAAAGACAGUCCAAGCUAUCACAUACGUUGCUGCUCUUCACCACAGCAAAAUGUCGUCAAAGCCCGCUAUCGUUGUCUGUCCUGCAACUCUCAUGGUUCAGUGGGUCACCGAAUUCCAUAAUUGGUGGCCCGCAUUGCGUGUAUCAAUCUUGCAUUCUUCAGGAAGUGGAAUGCUUAACCUGAAAAGGGAAAACAACCGGGAAAACGCGCUGACAUCGGAGAUGAUGGGCGCCGGUGGUUCUCGCCCUCUUUCUUCAGGACAAAAAGCAGCUAGGAAGAUCCUCAAGCGUGUAGUCGAGGAAGGCCACGUUUUGGUGACAACUUAUUCUGGCCUGCAGUCCUAUUCGGAUGAUUUAACUGAUAUUGAAUGGGGAUGCGCCAUUCUCGACGAAGGUCAUAAGAUUCGCAAUCCCGAUGCCGGCAUAACUUUCAGCUGCAAGGAACUCCGCACCCCCCAUCGCAUUAUCCUAUCCGGGACUCCCAUCCAGAACAGUCUUAUUGACCUCUGGUCUCUUUUUGACUUCGUUUUCCCAAUGCGCCUCGGCACGCUGGUUACGUUCAAGAACCAAUUCGAAAUCCCCAUCCGUCAGGGUGGAUAUGCUUCCGCCUCCAAUCUCCAGGUACAAACUGCUGCCAGGUGCGCGGAGACCUUGAAAGAUGCAAUUACGCCUUAUCUCCUUCAGCGGUUCAAGACUGAUGUCGCGUCCGAUCUUCCGAAGAAAAGUGAACAAGUCAUUUUUUGCAAGCUCACACAAUACCAGCGGUCUAUGUACAAACGAUAUCUCGCUUCCGAUGACAUGCAGUCCAUCUGCAAGGGGAAAAGAAAGUCAUUUGCAGGCAUUGAUAUCCUCCGCAAAAUUUGCAACCACCCAGACCUCGCCGAUCGGCAAUAUACUAUUCUCGAUCGUGACUAUGGUCGCGAGGAUCGCUCGGGUAAAAUGCAAGUUCUUAAGAGCCUACUUGAGCUUUGGAGGGAUACUGGACACAAGACUCUACUAUUCGCCCAGACUGUUCAAAUGUUAGACAUCCUGGAAAAGUUCCUCCGGUCUCUCGGAGGAUUCACUUUUCGUCGAAUGGACGGAGGGACACAAAUUCCCAAGCGGCAUGCCAUUGUAAACGAGUUCAAUCUUGACCCCGAAUUACACGUAUUCCUUUUGACUACGAAGGUGGGCGGCAUUGGUAUAAAUCUUACUGGUGCGGACCGGGUCAUCAUCUACGACCCCGACUGGAACCCCUCUACUGACAUGCAAGCCUGCGAACGCGCAUGGCGUCUCGGCCAAAAGCGUGAUGUGACAAUUUUCAGGCUCAUGAUGAAGGGUACUAUCGAAGAGAAGAUCUACCACCGUCAGAUAUUUAAACAGUUCAUGACCAACAAAAUCACCAAAGAUCCGCAGCAGCGUGAAGGGUUCCAGCUAAAUGAUCUCUAUGAUCUGUUCUCACUUACCGAGGAGGAUGACCAGGAGCUCGAAACAACUCAACUCUUCAAAAACGCAGAGAUCACCUAUCAAGAAGAACAGAAAGAGAAGUCAAAGUCCAAGCUUCCGUCUAGGCGGCGCCCCAUGGUCAUCAAUUCAAUGUCGAGAGUCAAGUCGCCGUCUCCAGCUCAGGUCAAAAUCGAAGAACAAGCGGACGACCUGGGGAGGGUUCAGGGAAUCGCCAACGUCGAAGAUUUCCGGACUGCAGCUGGCAUCAAGACCGAAACUGGCUCUGAGCAGAAAGUCGACGAUCAAACUACUGAUCAGAGGGGUGAUGACAAACAGGCCGAAGACCGUCUCAUGCAUAGCAUUUUCUCCCGGUCAGGUGUUCACGCCGCUCUUGAACACGAUCAGAUUGUAAACGGCAAGCGAGUGGUCCGACCAGAUGCGAAGAUGGUUGAAGCUGAAGCCCGCCGUUUCGCCAACGAGGGUGCUGCCGCGCUCCGCAGAGCUGAAGAAGCCGCUCGCUCCUGUCCCAUUGGAGUGCCCACAUGGACUGGUCAAUUUGGCCUCGCGGGCCGUGAUAUGGGUGGAAGCUCGGCGCGCCCAGGUCGAGGUGGGCCCUCCUCCGCCUCUCUCCUCACAAACCUCAACCCUGGUGCCGCAGCAAAUAACCAACGCGUUCCUGCUCGCUCCACCCCAACGUACAUGCCUCGUGGCGAGGAGUUUCUACCACUAAUUCAGAACUUCUUCCGGACCUACCGAGGUCCUAUUACGUCUCAGGUCAUUGUCAGCAACUUCAAUCACUACUGUGCGAUGGAGGAGCGGCAACAGGACUUUUACAGAGUCUUGAAGAGAGUCGCUGAGCUUGGUCCACCUCAUCGGGGUCGUAGGCUGUGGAGACUAAAACCAAAGAACGGUGAAGGAGCACCGUCAAAGCCCUAA